UCCCCUCCCGUUGCCUCACUACGCAAAUCUGUCCCCUUCCAGUUCCCAAGUCCCACGACCCACAAGAACAGAGACACAGCCAAGUCCGAACUUCGAAGUCGCCAAGGAGGAGGAGAGAUCGAUGGCGCGUACGAAGCAGACGGCCCGGAAGUCGACCGGCGGCAAGGCGCCGCGCAAGCAGCUGGCCACCAAGGCGGCGAGGAAGUCGGCCCCGACGACGGGCGGCGUGAAGAAGCCCCACCGCUACAGGCCCGGGACGGUGGCGCUGCGCGAGAUCCGCAAGUACCAGAAGAGCACGGAGCUGCUCAUCCGCAAGCUCCCCUUCCAGCGCCUGGUGCGGGAGAUCGCGCAGGACUUCAAGACGGACCUCCGGUUCCAGAGCCACGCCGUGCUGGCGCUCCAGGAGGCCGCCGAGGCGUACCUCGUGGGGCUCUUCGAGGACACCAACCUCUGCGCCAUCCACGCCAAGCGCGUCACCAUCAUGCCCAAGGACAUCCAGCUCGCCCGCCGCAUCCGCGGGGAGCGCGCCUAGAUGAAGCAGCAUCUGCCUUCGCGAUUUCCACCGCCGCAUUGCUUGUUCGUAGCUUGUAUGGUUUUACUACAUCUUGUUAGCUAGCGCCAAUGGGCAAGCUUUUAAUGUGUACUUGUUAAAUUCUGAUUGGUUAACAUAGUUGAGAAGACUUGGCUCCUUAUGUUUUGUAUAUGGUUGGUUUAUCCAAAAUUCAAACAAAUGCUUGUUACCGUUGUCUUAA